AUGAUAAUACGACGCUCUGUUCUUUUUGCCGCGGCUGUGGCGUGUCUGGCGUGUUAUUUCUAUGGAAUUCUUUUCACCAUGGUGUUAUUGAUCCUCUACGCCUAUUUGGCGAACAAAAUAUUUGAAGUAUAUAUGAUGGCUGGGCCGAAAACAUCGCGACAGGUGCCACCCUCACCAAUUGCAUACUGUCAACAACUCUCAGCGGUGCAGCUAAGUAAAGCGUACCGUUCGGGUGAAUUGAGUUGUGAGCAUGUUGUGCGGACGUACAUUGAGCAUAUCAAGCGUGUCAAUCCGUAUAUUAAUGCUAUGGUAUUUGAGUGCUUUGACGAGGCCAUUGAGGCGGCGGUGGAGGCCGAUGCCGUGUGGGCGGCGUGGCGCGCCGACCGCUCGAGGCCGGCACCGAGUUGGCUACUUGGUGUGCCGUGCACCAUCAAGGAGUGUAUGUCCGUCAGAGGCUGCCCAAACACCAGCGGUCAUCCAAAAAGGCGUCACAUCAUCGCCAAGAAUGAUAGUCCCGUGGUGAAGAACUUCCGUGACUCUGGCGCCAUCAUUCUUGGUGUCACCAACACAAGUGAACUCUGUAUGUGGUAUGAGAGUUCAAAUUAUGUUUACGGUAUCUCAUGUAAUCCGUACGAUACUCGCUGUCUGGUGGGUGGAAGCAGCGGAGGUGAGGGAGCAGCCGCCGGGGCUGUCUUUUCAACGUUUAGUCUCGGCAGUGACAUUGGCGGUUCCAUACGUAUGCCGGCACUCUUUAACGGUGUAUUUGGCCACAAGGCAAGUCCGCACUAUAUAUCCAACCGUGGGCAGCAUCCGGCACCCAAGACGGCCGCAAAUCACUACAUGACGACGGGCCCUAUUUGUCGUUUUGCGGAAGACAUUGCCCCGCUGUGCCAUGUGGCCGCACGCGGUGGGUUUCUUGAGGAUCCGAGGUUGUACCCUCCACGACCGCCGCUUCGUGAUAUUCCAAAGAUUGGAGGGGGAAAGCCUCUUCGUGUCUUCGCAUUGGAGGACUUUGGCAUCAACGGGGUUCACACUUCUUCAUCGCAGCUUGCGGCGGUGGAACUGGCAGCUCAAUGCUUGGAGAGAGAAUACGGGGCCAAAGUCGUGUACGUCAAUCUCCGCGACCGAAGCCGUUGCUCAGGCGGGGCGGUCCCGGCUGCAUUUAAGCCGUUUUCAGAUACCUUUGCCAUGUGGAUCAAUGUGCUCAUGUCGGAUCCGACGGAGGUCAAGUUUACCGCGCUGAUGGGGGAGGGGUCCCCGAGUUUUAAUGUUUUCUGGGAGCUGCUGCGGUGGCUUGUGCGUCGUUCGCAGCACACGCUUCCCGCGCUGUUACUCUGCAUAAUGGAGGCCAUGGACCAGAAUUUCCCGAAAAAUAUGGGGAUGCCUUCCCCGAAGUUCGAUAUCUCCUCCUUUAAGCGAUCGCUAGAGGAUCUGUUGGGCGACGAUGGUGUCAUUCUGGCGCCAACGUUUCCCCGACCUGCCCCACAUCACCAUACGCCGCUGCUGACGCCACUGGAGUUUCAAUACACCGCUGCAUUCAACGUGCUGCAGAUGCCAGCCACGGCCGUUCCCAUUUGGACAGCGGACCUGCGCGACGCCGCCACAACCGUGACGCCUGCUGAAGUGCGGGAGCGGCGGCUGCCGCUGGAUUAUCACCUGCCAAAAGGGGUGCAGAUUGUCUCGCGUGAGAUCAACGACGAGCUCAGCAUUGGUGUGGCGAUUGCACUGGAGAAAUCACUCGGCGGCUACAGGUACCCCGGCUGGGCCGUGCUGGAGGAGCAUGCACGCAGGAGGGCAUAG